AUGUGGGAUGAAGGCUGCAUCAACGGUCAACUGCCGGGAUCUGGUGGAGACGAUGACUACUUGAACGGAGGGUUUAACCCAGGCAAACGAUGCAUAAAUAUGUGGGAUGAGGGAUGUAUCAACGGGCAACUAGGAGGUUCCGGUGGUGAUGACGAUUAUCUGAACGGAGGAUUUAAUCCUGGGAAGCGUUGUCUUAAUAUGUGGGAUGAAGGAUGCAUUAACGGGCAACUGGGUGGUUCUGGUGGUGACGACGACUAUCUCAACGGAGGAUUCAACCCUGGCAAAAGAUCACUUUACGAACGCCUGGAGAAAUUGCGAAAAUCGUCCAAACCAUCAAUUGCUUAA